AGACAAGACAAGAGGACAGAUUUUGGAAUAUAAGAAAAAUCGUGGAACACACAAUUGGAAACUCUGCUUUAACAAAAAUUCGGAGGACAAAGAUAAUAAAAUGUCCCCCAUAAGUACAGGGCAAUGCCAGCGGGUUUUGAACUUCUGAUGCUGGAAAAUGUCAAUCUCGAGCAUUGCAGAGCAAUUUGCAUUCCCGGUUUCCCAUCCCUCGUCUCUCUCCUUCUUCCGUUUCUUCUUCUAACGCAGUCAAACAGCAGGGAAUUUUUCCACAGUGUUUUCGUCCAAUCCUUUCAAAUCACCAGCUUCAAUUGUAGCUUGAAUGUUUGUGUUUACACAAUUACCCGCUUGGUGGAUGGGAUUCAAAUACCAUCAUCUCUUAGUUUAAUUAUUCAAUCAAUUAUUGAAAACAGCCAUAUUAUAUGCGUUAGCGAUACAGCCAUGGCGGAUACUCCAAUUCUAAGUUGCCUUGUAGGUAUAUAUAAUAAUAUUAUUAUUGUUCCCGAAAGACAAGCAAUUCGGAGAAAAAAAGAUUGUGGUUACUUUGGCUGGUCUCGCUAGCAUGUUUCCUGAGGACCGCGUCGACCUGACAACUGUCUGUCUGUCUGCUUUCCUCUGUUUCUUUCCCCUGUUUUACUUUGCUCUGCUCUCCAAUGCACCCAUCGGUAUGAUGAACUGUGAACAGUGAGGAAAUCGGGUCCGAAAGCUGGAUACUUUACGGAACCCAGUUGCUCGAAUACUCGGGCGGCAAAACUUUGGAUCGAGGGAACCCGAAUGGAAUCAAAUACAGAGAGAGCUGGCGCCGAGCGUGUUGAUGACAAAACCGAUGGCUGAAAGGCUGAGUUGGUGGCUGAAAGGCUUUGACCACCACAGCUGUUUAUGAACAUCAUAAUAACUUCCAGCCGAAAGUUUCAAUUACUUUAAUUUGAUUCAAAUGAAAACAAAACGAGCUUUUCAGCUUGAACGCAUGGCAAACUUUGUCUGUGCUCGAGCCUAGCCUAGGCUUGGAGUGGAGCUUUCAAUCUGGGCCGUUAGUGGAGUGGACUUUUUCUUCCGAGUGCGACCAUUUCUGACGAGGGGAGCCAGCAAUUGGAGAGUACUGUGAUAUUACUCGAUUCCACGAUCGAAAUUGAUGGAGCCCACCAAAGAUUGCGACUUGUAGGCGACGAAUGAUUACGAAGAUUGGCAAAACGGGGAGAUCGGGCACAAAGGAAAAGAAAAAGAACAGGACAGACGAGACGAGACGAGACGAUAAAUAAGAGAGGGAAAGAGAGAGAGAGAGAGAGACGGAGUGAAGGUCAGCCAGGAAAACAGAGAGGGAGACAGAGUGGAACCUGGGGAGGAGGGCUUGCUUUGAAUGUGAUGCUUUGUUUUUGUCGCAAAUUUUAAGCCGUUUGCUGCAAUCUUACAAAAAAAAGAUUGAUCUUUCUAUAGUUACAUACUGUUGUUGUGAGAAGAUAUACCCUAGUGAUCAGAAGAGAAGCUGAAUCGAGAAAAAAAAGUGUUAUUUUGAUCGUGAAGGAACAUGAAAUGGAUCCCUUGUUCUGGUGUAGCUGUGGGUCCGAAGACCACGAAGAGAAAUACCAACAAUGGCAGCAGCAAGAAGAAGAAGAAGAAGCAGCAGCCGCAGAAGGGUACUAUGGAGAUGGUGGUGAUGAUCAAUGACAAAAAGAACCUACCUCUUGAAAGAUCGAGAACUUCAGAAAGAUCCAGGAAAGAUAACAAGGGAGACUCAAAAAUAUCAUCCAAUGAGAUUCCAGCUCAGACGUUUGCAUUCCGGGAAUUGGCCAUAGCAACUAUGAACUUCAAAAAAGAGUGUCUUCUUGGCGAGGGGGGCUUUGGAAGGGUUUACAAAGGCCAUUUGGAAAGCAUUAAUCAGGUAGUGGCAAUCAAGCAACUUGACAGAAAUGGACUGCAAGGGAACAGAGAAUUCCUAGUUGAAGUCCUGAUGUUGAGUCUACUUCAUAACCGCAACUUAGUCAAUCUGAUUGGAUACUGUGCCGAUGGAGAUCAACGACUCUUGGUUUACGAAUACAUGCCUUUGGGAUCUCUGGAUGACCAUAUACAUGAUAUUGAGCCGGGUAAGAAAGGGCUGGAUUGGAACACGAGAAUGAGAAUCGCGGCAGGAGCAGCAAGAGGGCUAGAGUAUUUGCACGACAAGGCCAAGCCUCCAGUCAUCUACAGAGAUCUCAAAUGCUCAAACAUUUUACUCGACAGAGGAUACCAUCCCAAGUUGUCUGACUUCGGGCUGGCUAAACUCGGUCCUGUUGGAGACAAUACUCAUGUGUCCACGAGAGUCAUGGGAACUUAUGGGUAUUGUGCUCCUGAGUAUGCGAUGACAGGGCAACUAACCUUGAAAUCAGAUGUUUAUAGCUUUGGGGUUGUGCUGCUGGAGAUCAUUACGGGAAGGAGAGCAUACGAUACCUGCAAAUCAGUUGGUGAACAGAAUCUGGUUGCUUGGGCGCGUCCCUUGUUCAACGAUCGAAGGAAAUUUGCGCAAAUGGCUGAUCCAAUGAUGGGAGGACAGUUUCCUCCAAGGGCGCUCUACCAGGCUCUUGCUGUUGCAGCAAUGUGUGUUCAGGAGCAGCCUAACAUGAGACCUGCCAUGGCUGAUGUCGUCACAGCUUUGUCUCACCUUGCUUCGCAGAAGAGUGCAGCUGAGAUGCAGCAGCAGCAGCAGCCGGGCCAAAGCUUGCGUUUGGCUCCAGGUACUCCUAGAGCCAAUGCUGGAAGUUGAAAAUGGCAUCUGCUGGUCAGUGGAUUGUAGUGAGAAUGCAGAGAGCUGCUGAGUUAAGUGGGUUUGAACUCAUUAUUCCAAAUGCUCCAUGAGAUGUGCUUGGAAAUACGUGUAUAGGCGUUUCAAUUUGAUUUGUUGUGAAAUUGUUUUCCAUAGAUGAACGGUAACACUAAUAAACUUCAAGAUGGCUGCCUCCAGUUCCGGAUGCCUUACUUUCUGGUCUAUUUUGUAUAUUUACAUUCAGAAAUUUUACACACCAAAGUGCUAGUAUGUGCAAUUGCGAAGCAGCUCAGCGUGUCUUCUAGUUGGGGUUUGAACUUUAGUCUCCUCUUCGAGUGACUAAUCUCCAAAGCCUUUAGGAUAGAAAACGAGAUUGCUCCAUGACAGACUUCUCUAAGGUGCUCAGCUCCAUCCUUGAACUAAAUGAGCCAGGAGUACAUGAGCCAGGAGUACAAGUCAGUUGGUUUUGUCAUGGCCACGCAGCGUGAGUUCCCCGGUCUAGGAAAUUGUUGGCAGUUGGCCUUCUGUUUCAUCACCUGAAUGCAAUUCUUUGUGUACUGAACUGACUGGCAAGUGCAACUGAUCAGGAUUGAGAUUAUUAGCAUCGUCCGCCAGCAGUAUGCUUUUGGUUUCCGUCCGUCCGUCUAGCUAACAUCCACCAGCUACCGUUGCCGCACUUCGCUGCUCUUUUCGGUCGCUUCAUGACUCCAUUCCUCUCAUCUCUCAAGUCCACUCGUCCCUGCCGCACUUCCGCUCAUGGGUGGACCUAGGUUAGGCCGACCCUUGUCAAUUGACGAACCUUGUUCCAAUUUUGAGACAAAUAUUUUUUGUAAAUUUUUAUUUUAAUGAUGGUAGUAUUCGAUCUCAAUACUAUUUGACAACCAUUGAUGAUUUUAUUUUAUUGUUGAAUACCCUUGAUGUAAUUUCUGGAUCCGCCACUGCUUCCGCUGCUCUCUUUUGUCGUAUAAAUUAUAUUAGUUUAAUACAGGGUUGUUAUUAACAUUGAUUUGCAUGCAUUAGAGGGGACAGGAUAGGAUGUUAACACCCUAUAGUGUUAGCACCCUACUAACGCUUUCUACGGGGUAUUGUAGUAAUCGUGGCAGAGGAAGAGGUAGGUCUAGGAAUCCAAUACCUUAUUGCACUUACUGCAAGAUGCAUUGUCAUACUGGAGAUACUUGCUAUCACAAGUAUGGUUGGCCACCGGGAAUGACUCCAAGCGGUGGUCCAGGUUCAAAUGGUCAAGCGUAUAAGCAAGCAAAUGCAGCCAUUGGAAAUGAGUCAGGGAGUGAAAGGAUUACACUUGGAAAUGAACAGUAUCAUGCUCA